UAUUCAAGGUCAUCUACCUAAGCUGCUGUCUGCCUGUCUCUCCAAGCUGUGAUAGCAAAUAGGAUGUAAGACCUCCAGGCAGUGAGUGGAAUAUGAUCUCAGGCCCUAUGUCCCGCAUCUGUGAAACAAGUAGAUUGAAGCCAUCCUAUAUAUAAGGCCCAUUACAGCUCCCAGAGGCAGUAGCUCUGCGAAUGACGGCUUUGGGCUGGGAGAGAGACAAGAAAAGGGCAACUCAGAGGUAUUGCGCAUUUCGUCCUGUACCAAGUUCUGAAGCCAUGCUUCCUAACUGGGGGCGAUGUUGUCUGGAGACAUUUUUGGUUGUCACAGGUGGGGUGUGGGGUACUACUGGCCUCUAGUGGGUAGACACCAGGGGUGCAGUUAAACAUCCUUCAGUGCACUGGACAGCCCUCACAAUAAAGAAUUCUCUGCCCCCAAAUGGCAAUAGUGCCAAAAUUGAGGAACGCUGCUCUAACGUCAGAUAUCCUGGGUUCAGAUCCUGGCUGUCUCUCUUCCUGCCUGUGUGAUCUUGAAUGAGUUCCUUAGCCUCCCUGUGCCUUGUCUCUUCAUCUGUAAAGUGGGGUUAAUACCAGGGCCUGCAUCAGAGGCUUAUUGUGAAGAUUCAGUGAAGUAGAUCAAGAGUGCUUCGUAAGUGCCCAGAGUUUAGUAUUUUUAAAAUUUUUAUAUCUACUUUCUUAGUUUUCAUAAUAGCCCUACGAAGUGGGCUCUACCAUAUCCAGUUUUACACAUAAGGAAACUAAGGCAUAGGAAGUGACUUGUGUAAGGUUCCAUAGCUAAGAGUGGCAGAGCUGGGCUCAUAUUCUGAUCUCCGUAACCCUGUGUAUUCCCUCUUCCCUUGCUUUGUCCUUGGGAGACCUGAGUCUUCUUAUCUUAGCUGAUUCCCCUCUAAUGAAAGGAUUGCCCAGGGAGUAUUGCUGAGUGUCAACCUGAACUUUAAAGAGGAUAAAUGUAUGUGAUUAGGCAGGGGGCAGCCCCGGACUUGGUUCUCCAUUAGCUCUUAGACCAGUGGGUAGAUAAAGGCAGGAGCUUUAGGUUGGCAGACAUGAGGUACAAGAGACUAGGAGGUGCAGUAGGGAGGCCAUUGGCUUGAAAAAAGACCUCCUAGCAGGGGCUGAGGCUGAAGACAAUCCUAACCAUUGUUCUGAAUGAUCUCCCUCGGGCUUCUGUCCCCUGGGACAGAGUCACAGGCUUCACUCCCUCAGCUCCAGGACUAGCUCUGGCAUUGCUGAAGCCAGUUCAGAACAUCUGAGGACUGGAUGGGAAGGCUCGGGGCUCAACUGGAAGAGUCGCACGCACCCUUUAGGACAGUAUGUAAUGGGAAUUGACUCAGCCUGGGAAUCAGAGGCUUGUAGUCCAAAAUCCGCCCUCUGCUGCUGAUUCACUGAGUGAUCUUGGAUGAGUGCUUGCCCUUAUCAGCCUCAGUCAACUAAAAAUACAGAGCCUGGCCUUCCGGAGCAUGACCACAGAGCUGUUCGUUUCCGGGCGGCGCUAGCGGGGACCCUUCCCAGGAGGAGCCAUGGCCUCCGCGGCAGCGUCUCACCUGAACCUGGACGCCCUCCGCGAAGUGCUGGAAUGCCCCAUCUGCAUGGAGUCCUUCACGGAGGAGCAGCUGCGGCCCAAGCUCCUGCACUGCGGCCACACCAUCUGCCGCCAGUGCCUGGAGAAGCUCCUGGCCAGUAGCAUCAACGGCGUGCGCUGCCCCUUCUGCAGCAAGAUCACCCGCAUCACCAGCCUGACCCAGCUGACAGACAACCUGACGGUGCUGAAGAUCAUCGACACGGCGGGGCUCAGCGAGGCCGUGGGGCUGCUCAUGUGCCGCGCGUGCGGGCGGCGGCUGCCCCGGCGCUUCUGCCGGACCUGCGGCGUGGUGCUGUGCGAGCCCUGCCGGGAGGCGGACCACCAGCCCCCCGGCCACUGCACGCUGCCUGUGAAGGAGGCGGCGGACGAGCGGCGCCGCGGCUUUGGCGAGAAGCUGGCCCACCUGCGGGAGCUCAUGGGGGAGCUGCAGCGGCGGAAGGUCGCCUUGGAAGGGGUCUCCAAGGACCUGCAGGCGAGGUACAAGGCGGUUCUCCAGGAGUACGGGCACGAGGAGCGCAGGGUCCAGGAGGAGCUGGCUCGCUCGCGCAAGUUCUUCACAGGCUCCUUGGCUGAGGUCGAAAAAUCCAACAGCCAGGUAGUGGAGGAGCAGAGUUACCUGCUGAACAUUGCGGAGGUGCAGGCCGUGUCUCGCUGCGACUACUUCCUGGCCAAGAUCAAGCAGGCGGAUGUCGCCCUCCUGGAGGAGACGGCAGACGAGGAGGAGCCAGAGCUCACAGCCAGCCUGCCCCGGGAGCUCACCCUGCAGGACGUGGAGCUCCUGAAGGUGGGCCACGUGGGCCCCCUCCAAAUCGGGCAGGCCGUGAAGAAGCCCCGGACAGUCAACAUGGAAGAUUCCUGGGCCAUGGAGGCCGCGGCCUCUGCUGCCUCCAGCUCUGUUACAUUCCGGGAGAUGGACAUGAGCCCCGAGGAAGUGGCCGCCAGCCCCAGGGCCUCGCCGGCUAAGCAGCGGGGUUCUGAGACUGCGGCCAACAUCCAGCAGUGCCUCUUCCUCAAGAAGAUGGGGGCCAAGGGCAGCACCCCAGGCAUGUUCAACCUUCCAGUCAGCCUCUACGUGACCAGCCAAGGGGAGGUGCUGGUGGCCGACCGUGGCAACUACCGAAUCCAAGUCUUCACCCGCAAAGGCUUUCUGAAGGAGAUCCGCCGCAGCCCCAGCGGCAUCGACAGCUUCGUGCUGAGCUUCCUUGGGGCCGAUCUGCCCAAUCUCACUCCUCUGGCGGUGGCCAUGAACUGCCAUGGGCUGAUUGGCGUGACUGACAGCUAUGACAACUCCCUCAAAGUGUACACCUUGGAUGGCCACUGUGUGGCGUGUCACAGGAGCCAGCUGAGCAAACCCUGGGGCAUCACAGCCCUUCCAAAUGGCCAGUUCGUGGUAACCGAUGUGGAAGGUGGAAAGCUCUGGUGUUUCACUGUGGACCGAGGAGACGGGGUGGUCAAAUACAGCUGCCUCUGCAGUGCCGUGCGCCCCAAGUUUGUCACCUGUGAUGCCGAGGGCACCGUCUACUUCACCCAGGGCUUGGGCCUCAAUUUGGAGAGUCGGCAGAAUGAACACCACCUGGAGGGCGGCUUCUCCAUCGGCUCUGUGGGCCCUGAUGGGCAGCUGGGUCGCCAGAUCAGCCACUUCUUCUCGGAGAACGAGGACUUCCGCUGCAUCGCCGGCAUGUGCGUGGAUGCCCGUGGCGACCUCAUCGUGGCGGAUAGCAGCCGCAAGGAAAUUCUCCACUUUCCUAAGGGUGGGGGCUUCAGCGUCCUGAUUCGAGAGGGGCUCACGUGUCCCGUGGGCAUUGCCCUCACUCCUAAGGGGCAGCUGCUGGUCUUGGACUGUUGGGAUCACUGCAUCAAGAUCUACAGCUACCACCUGAGAAGAUAUUCCACCCCUUAGGGGGAUGGGUGGGACACAGUAGUUUCUUCUGUUCCUCAGCCACCUUCCCUUCCCUUAUUUCUUGGUUGGUGGUGGUACUGUACAGUAGACCCGGCCUAUGUCCUCAUUCCAGCUGGCUAGUCCUAGAAGUUUAGAAGCUCUUUUAGUUUUUUACUUGCGUUAUUCCACGCCCCCGUCCCGCCCUUAAAUUUAGAGCUUUAACAGAUACCCUAAACAAGACCCAUGAUGUGAUGGAGUUAGCUGAAGUCUGACUAGAACUUAAGGUACUUCCAGGCUUCAGGAGAGAGCCGUUUGCCCUGAAUUUGGGAUUUGCCCUUGUGUUGAACUCUUGCUGGUGUUUCUCUUUUGGCUUCGAUGACCCUGCUCCAUUAUUUCCUUCCUAUUACAACGUGUUUCGUCGGUGACACUUUCUCUUCAGCUCUGCUGCGUUGUGUGUGCAUGCUCCAGUGAGAUCUGCUCCAUCUUUCAGUGACAUUUUAGACGUCAUAUCCUUGUGGCAGGAUGUCUGAGGUCUGAUCACCUUUACCAGGGUGGAAACUCAUUCAUUUAGUGCCACCAAGGGAGACAUGUAGUCCCUUUGGGAAGCUGGCCCUCUCGGAUUGGUCUCUCAUUGCAGAUGUGACAGAGAAUGAAUUGACCCCAGUUGGUUGGUGUUGAAGACUACAGUCCGGAGAUCGCUUGCCUUCUAAAGGAGCACAUAGAUUGGAUUAUGCCAAAGCACAGGAAGAUGGGAAUAAACAACCAUACAUGCUAACCCAGUCAGCAGUCAGUGUUGGAUAGUCUCUAGAGCUCAUCGGUUUUCAGACUGCCCCUCUCCACUGACCUGGGCGGAGACUGGUCUGUGGACUCGUACAGCACGGGCCAGGGCCAGCAAAGUGGGGAGGUGGACACAUCUCAUCUCAUUUGUGAAACAAAAUUGGUGGGUCCUUAUUCUGUAUUUUCCUCAAGUGAGUGUGUAAUCCUUGGUUUCGGGGUUAAUUUCUACUUCUGUAUUAAAUAAUGCACAACUGUUUCUUCAUCA